CCGUAGGCGCGCGCGUGGGGCGCGACUGAAGCUGCAGGUGAGAGCUGGAACCAGGAAGUGUCUGUUUGGAGAAUCUGCCGACGUGGGGUGCGACGGAGCUCUUCAAACAUGUCAGACGUUAGGUACUGCGAAAGGUGCUCUUACAUCUUUCUAAAAUUCACUCUCAUCGUUUACUCCACGAUUUUCUGGCUGAUUGGUGGUUUCAUCCUGGCCAUCGGGAUCUAUGCGGAGGUGGAGCGGCAGCGCUACAAGACCCUGCAGGGAGCCUUCCUCGCGCCGGCCAUCAUCCUCAUCCUCCUGGGCGUGGUCAUGUUCAUCGUGUCCUUCAUCGGAGUGCUGGCCUCCCUCAGGGACAACCUGAGCCUGCUCAAAGUGUUUCUGUACAUGCUGACUGUGUGUCUGAUUCUGGAGCUCCUCGGAGGAAUCCUGGCCCUCGCGUUCAGACACCAGACCAUGGAGCUGCUGAACAAGAACAUCCGCAAAGGCAUGGUCAACUACUAUGACGAUCUAGACUUCAAAAACAUCAUGGACUUUGUACAGAGAAAGUUUAAGUGCUGUGGGAGUGAGGAGUACACAGACUGGAGGGUGAACAUGUACCACAACUGCAGCGCUCCCGGGCCCCUGGCGUGUGGAGUGCCGUACACCUGCUGCCUGGAGAAGCCCAAUGAAGUUGCCAAUACACUGUGUGGAUCUGAAGUGUUGAAUAAAAAUCGCCAUGAGUUGGAUGAGAUGAUCCAUGUGCGGGGCUGCACAUACGCCGUGUUCAUCUGGUUCAUGGAUAACUAUAAGAUCAUGGCCGGCUUGCUGCUGGGCAUUCUCUUACCACAGUUCAUAGGAGUGCUGUGCACCUGGCUCUACAUCACGCGCGUGGAGGACGCCAUCACCGACUACAGCCACUACGACCUGGUGGACGGUGACCACAGAGGGGCCAAGCAGCACGGCAGGCUGGCCAAGUGGUGCAAAUGCAUGCCGGACAUGGACUGAGGCCUCCAUGACUGUGUGCCAUACAGUACAAGCCCAUGGGCAGCUCAGGUGGACAAUCGUAGGCUUUUUUUUUUAGCACGCCAGAGGAUGCUGGAGCAUGUGUAGUGGGAAGAAAUGUGUAGCUUCCUUCUGUAGUCUUUUAUACAGUUGUUUGUGUUUUUCUGUUGUGUACUGUAUGUGGUUGUGUGUUAACUUAUGAGGGGUAGCAAAUGACCCCGAUGCCUUUGAACUCGACUAUCCUAUCACACACUCAGGGAGGUUUUUUUCCUAAACUUGCCAAUGUAUGCUGUCGUGUCAAAUGGAGAAUUUUGUCUCUAGCAUUUUAAGUGUUUUGGGUGUAUUUUGGUUAAGAAUAAAUUCCUCAGAUUUA